GUAGAUAGUUUCAUAAUAGAGCAAAUCUGGAAAACAAGGAUUGUGGAGUUCUGUGACAGAGGGUAAUCUCCUAUAAGGUUUAGUGUAUUAUUUUGCAGUGAAAGGAUCAAGUUGGGGCCUUUGGGUUUUCUUAGUGCUGAGAUUUAAACUAUGAGUGCGUGUGGGACUGCGAGCGGAAAAAAUGAGACCAGUGAAGGCGGUGCCAAUGACUCCGUAACUUUCGGAGAUGUGAUAUUUAUCAAGCUUCGCGGUAGUUCAUGGUGGCCUGCGCAGGUAGUUGAUGAAAAUAGUGUUAGCAAGAGUGUUAAGCCAAGCAAACGGAACAAGCGAUCGCCCGGGGACAUCCUUGUUAGGCAUUAUGGAAGUUACAUAUACUCGUAUGUAGAUCCUAUUAAAUGCCGCACUGAGUUUAAGACGAUACUUGAGCAUAACGAUGGUUCUCUCAGGAAAAUACUUUUGCAAACUCUUGAAAAGGAUCUUCCUAGCACGAAAUCCAGUAGGUCAAAGGGGUCUUCUUUAAAGCCUAAAGGAUCAUCGAGCAAAGAUUCUGCAGGCAAGAAAAAAUCCAAUAGACAAGAUAAGGAGCAGAAUAAAAUUAAGCACAAAAAGCAAAAAGAUAUGUCAAACGAUGAUAACGCUGGCCAAAGUCAUGAAACAAGCUCCUUAGGAAAGACCCCAGAGAGUUCCAGGAGAAUUAGAGUGAUGGAAAACCUUGGCCUUAUUGCUCCAGCUGGGUCACCAUUUCAAAAAAGUGCUCAUAAAGAUAACCAAGCCUCGUGAAUAUGGAUAUGAAGAAGUUGGUGUAGAGAACAGCAUGCAUAAACAUCCUCUUCUAACAUCACAUGUUUGUUUAAUUAGUUUAGGAUAAUCUUAGUCAAAAGUGGGACAUUAUCAUGCAUCCAAACUUUAGGCAAAAGUUGUGUUGGGUGGUGAUUCUUUGUGGUGAAAGAAUGUAGGAAAUGGUUCUUGCAUUACUUUCAACUUUUUUUUGUCCAACUAUGGAGAAAUCUAUGUGUGUUUUGUUUUAACCAUUGUAAUUUUUGUAAUUCUAGAAAUAUGUGUGAUUAUAACUAAGAUAUUUCAUUUAAGUAAAAAAUAUUUGUUGACUAUAACUAUAAAAA